UGAAGGCAGCACAGUGUUGAGCUCUGUGGGUUGAGGACGUAGCACAGACACAGCCUCAGCUACUUAAGGCUAGUGACGAUCGCACCACAUUAGGUUGUUUACCCGCGGUUGUUUUAGUUUAACAAAAACAAUAAUGGAAGGAAGCGUUUGCAACAUUCAGGUGCUUCUUUGGGCUGCUGAGUUUCUGGAGAGAAGAGAGCGCGAGGCAGAACAUGGAUAUGCUUCGGUCCUGCCCCUCAGUCCAGACCACUCUGACAAGCGAAGCAAACAGAAGAGUAAGAAGAUAUCUGCCGGUGCCAAUAGGUCAGUUCACAACGAGCUGGAAAAAAACAGACGAGCUCAGCUGAGACACUGCCUGGAGCAGCUCAAGAAGCAAGUCCCACUGUCAUCUGACUCGAUGAGGAACACCACCCUCAACCUGCUGAGAAGAGCCCAGCUUCACAUCAAGAAGCUGCAGGAGCAGGACGAGCGUGCAGAGCAGCUAAAGGGCCGCCUGCGCUGGGAGCAGAGAGAGCUGCGUGUUCGGCUGGAGCAGCUGCAGAGAGGCUCGGAGAGGAUGAGGAACAACAGCCAGGGCUCGACCAUGUCGUCUGAGAGGUCUGACUCCGACAGAGAGGAUGUGGAGGUUGAUGUGGAGAGCAUCGUGUUUGACUGUGUGGACUCUGAUGGACUGAGCAUCACACACACUGACGCAGACCACUGUUACUCCAGCACAGACAAAGCUUGGCUAUGACGGCGGUAAAAGCUAUCUUGUUAUGUCACUGUCAUGUGGACAGGAAGAGGAGUAAACGUUCCGAGAAAACAAAACAAAAUAAGAAAAAAAAAAACACACAUACACACACACAAACGGAGGAGAA